AUGCCUGUUCCAUGCCUGUUCAUGUCUGAAGUGUUAAAUACGCUCAGGCCUGAGCAGGCCUGUCCAUGUCUGAUCAGAUCUGUCCAUGCAGUUAAAAAAGUGUUCCAAAUUGUUGGUGAUUUUGAAAUAGCUGAUGAAGAUAAAGUCAUAAUAAGUGAAGUGAUUUAUCCUUUCUAUCAUCCCAAAACAUUAAUUGUUUUACCUAUUACUUCUACUGUUAUUCCUCUUCAAGUAUAUUAUGAUAGUAAGACGCGGUCUGGUCGUAUAGAGUGGAGGUUGAAAACUUUAAAUCAAUCACAGAAAAAAGGUAAAGAAUCAGGGAAAGUCAACAAAGAUAAGCAGGUUCAAGAACAAGAAAAUAUUGUACUUCUGGAUCAAGAAACCCAGUCUAUCGUAUUAGAAGAUGUCAGUAUUGAAGAUGUGACUGAAAUAAUCACAUUUUUAAAAAAUGCUCACCCGGUUAAGGAUCGGAAAAAUAUUGAAAAUGCAAUGAAGAAUACGUUUCUCUUUCGUAGAGAAAAUACUAAUAACCUUUUAGAUGAAUUUCCUCGAUUCAUUGAUACUCCUGGUCUUAUUAUUUUAGAAUUUUCUUGGAUCCAUCCUGGCAUUGAAAUUACUGAUUUUAAUCCCCAAUUAAUAUUAAAUGUUAGUGAAAAAUAUUUAAAGACAAUAAAGAAAAAAGAAUCUUCAGAAAUAGAUUGGGAUAACACCACGUUAGCAUAUUUAACUCUUCUAAAACUUUUACCUACUACCGCAAAAGGACGAAAAAAAAUAAGCGAACCUAAUCCUGUAGAUAAUUUAAUAAAAUUCAUCAAGACUGGUACCAUUCGACAAGACUUUAAUAUAAAAACGACUCAUCCAUGUCUUGUUGCCGUUGGUGUUGAUAAAUCAAAUAUCAACUCUUAUUUUAUUGCUGUUGAUGGUAAAUUAUUAUUUUUGGAUGAAGUAACAUCCGCAGAAGCCUUUGAUGCUCUUUUCAAGAGUUAUUUUGUGUUGAAUAUUGUAUUUGAAAAGACUUUAACAGUCUUUUUUAAUUUUAUCCAGAAUUAUUUUUAUAAACUGGACGGAUCUAUGAAAUUCAAUAUAAGAAUGAAAGAAGUUCGGACCUGGCUAACUCAAAUGUCUCAAAACAAUAAUAUGAUUCCACUCUUUAAAAAAGUUAAAAUUUCUGAUCAAAAUAUAAUGCCAAGUUCUUACACAGAAAUAUUUGCCCAAUCACUUGAAUCUAGUAAUAUUCCGAAGAAUAAAAUAAAUCAAAUUAUGGAAAAAACAGAAGUAAUGGUUGAGAAUAUAUCAAAAAAUGUACUAAAAAUUGUAGAAAAAGAUUUUCAAGUCGCUCUAUUUAAUUCGGUUGAUUUACAAAACGAUACUGAUAUUGACAGUUUUAAUAAGUAUUUAAAACCGAUUGUUGAUGAAAUAAAAAUAUUAGAAACAACUGGAAUUGAAAUUGGAGGUCAGAUUUUUAAAGGUUCAUUAGCAGCUAUGAGUUUUGAUAAUUUAGGAGCAAAUACAAUAUAUGGCAUGGUACAAUCUUUUUCUGCAACUAAUUUUUGUAGAUUUUGCUUUGCAACCAAAACUCAAACAAAAACAAUGAUAUGCGAAGAUCCGUCCUUAAUUAGAACCUCGAGAAACUGUAUAAUUAAUAAAGAUUGUAAUGGCGAGGCAGUUUUACCAUCUGGAGUAAAAUAUGAAUGCCAAUUGAAUGAAUUAAAAUAUUUCAAUAUCUUUGAUUGUCCAGGUGUAGAUUUAAUGCAUGAUAUACUCGAAGGAGUAGCUCCACGAGAUGUCAAGUUAUUUCUUAAGUGGCUGGUGGGAAAUACUCGAAUCACUAUUGAAACAAUUAAUGAUAGAUUAAUAGCUUUCAAUUAUGGUAAAAAUGAGAUGACUAAUAAACCUCGUCCAAUGAAUUUAGAUAAACCCGGAUGUUUGUUAGGAGAACGAGCUUCUCAAAUGUGGUGUCUGGUUAGAUAUUUGCCAUUUUUAAUAAGUGAUUAUAUUGAAGAUGAAUUAGUGCAACCAAAAUGGGCAUUAAUUAAAAAAUUACUUCAAAUUAUGCAUAUUGUUUUCUCGCCAGUAAUUAGUCAUGUAUGUGAUUCAGACCGCAGUGAGCAGCGUGCAGGACUGAUAACCAGGAGUCGAGUUCGAACCCAGCGGACGCCCGGAAUUUUUCAUCAAUUAAAAUCGUUUCUGAUUACUACGUCAUACUCCGAAUCGCAUUAG